GUUCUUUGACCAGACGAAGAGCGAAAACGAGGUGUCCUACUUGUCUCUGCUUGAAUAUUUCGUGCCCGAAAUACCGUCACCAAGGAUUCUUGCAUGGUCUGAUGGCAAGAAUUCCGUCAUCCACAGGUUGACUUCCACGGGGACCCUAGCGAAAAAGGAAUCUGAGAUUGGUUCUGAAGCCGACGGCCAGCUCCAGAGCUGGAUUCUAAUGACUCGACUUCCUGGAGUUCCCUUGUCGACGUUAGAUUUGGAUACAGACAAGCUCAAGGUUGUCGGCGAGCAACUAGCGGACAUAGUCUACCGCUGGAGGGAGUCGCUACCUACUUGGGCAAGCGCUGGAAACCUUGAAUGUGGAAUUCCUCAUGGGAAGGACCAAGAUCCAAAUUCAUUAGAGGUUGCCGGAUUGCACAUUGCGUCUUCUUUAAAUAUGCCUGGUUUUGGUGUCAAAGUGGAUGAGCCUAUCAUAAGCCAACUUCAGUACUACCGAGUGAGGCUUGAGACAAGGCUCCAGAAGCUUCAGGAACUCGAUAUAUUUGCUGGGAAUAGGCAUUUAGUAGUUCCAAUCAGCGAGUUUAUCGCUAAUCAAUUACCGCAUCUUGCAAUAUGCAAUGGGAUAAGUCAUUUCUUAUUCACUCACUACGACCUCUCUCCACGCAACGUUUUGAUAUCUGUGGCUCACACGAAGAUCACUGGUAUUAUUGACUUUGAGUUUUCUGGGUUUUUCCAUGAAAUAGAUGAAUUUGUCAAUGAUUCCGUGGCAAAUGAGGGCGACUGGCCUGAUGCUUUCUACGAAGCAUAUUUGAGAAGGCUCGAGGCCUGCGGAAUGAACAUUCCAGGAAAGGGCAUCAAAGAACAAUAUUGGAGAGAGGCAACAUCGCUUUCUCGAUUGGAAGACAACAUAGCGCCCUGGUGGCUUGAGAACCUGACACCAGAGGACAAGAACCAAUGCUCGGAAGACCUCCGGAAGUCGACAGAAAUGGUUUUGGAAGCAAUUCAGCUACUUGGUACCGGCGUUUGAUGAAGUUUCUUUAUCAAAGUCUUUAUCCCAUGGAGUCGCUGGUAUCCGUCGAUACCAGCCAAUUUAUAUGGGGUAGGGUUUUUCGGGUUUGCCCCAAAUACCAACCAAAGCUGCCCACUUAUGAACCCAAAUCCCAACAUACAA